AUGAGCUCCUCCACCACUACCCCAGCACCUUCCCAAGCCCUCCUAAAACGCAACCCCUCACUCACGCCCAAGCAAUUCUCAACGCACUGGUACGAAAAGCACGCUCAGCUCAUCGUGCCCUUUUUCCUGCAUUGCGGCGUGGAAUACUAUGCUCAGAUCCACGCCGCCCUUCACAUUUCCCCCUCCCCCUCUUCUUCUUCACCCCCGCUUUCAACAGAAGAGCUUUCAGCAUGGGACGGCGCAGCAGAAGCGCAUCUGAGCGAAGGCCUAGUGGCAGUUUUAGGGGGGAGCGGGGAGGGGCAGGAAUGGGUGAUGGAUUAUUAUCGCGAGGUGGUGUUGGUUGAUGAGUUGAGGUUUUUGGUGUCGAAUGCGGGAGCGCAUAUGAGGGUUCUUGGGGCGGGGAGUGUGGGUGGGGAGACGAGGGUUGUGAUUGAGGGUGGGAAGAGUGUGAUUGAGGUUGGGGGAGGGGGCGUGGGGGGUUUGGAGGGAGUAUGA